UGGGAAACAAAGAUAUACAAACAAUGUCGACAUAGUCGCGCUCAUUUUUUAACAACAGGUCGCCACUGUAGACUCCACCUCUUCCCACUACCUUACCUUUCGUCAACCUAUGUCGACACUCUCUCCAAAUUCCGUUGCUUUCUCUCUUCUCUGUCUUCUAAACGCAGCUUGCUAUGCGGCAGCCUAUAAGACUACGACUUUAACAUCAGCAUACAUCAACUCCAAUACCAUCAUUCUCGGACGUGUUCGCUUUCUCUCCCUUUUUAUUUAUUUUUUUCCUUCUUUUGAUUGGGGUUGAGGGAUGACACAAUCUUUAUACGUAUACUUGUGAUCUAGAGAUUCUUGGUCUUCUUCACUUUGAUUAGUCAUUUGUCGUUGUAAAACUAAAAAAAAAAAUAAAAAGGAAAACCUCCGGUUGUUUAUAUUUGUAUAUAUAUUGAUCCCACCACCAGCUUUGCUUCAGAUUUUCUCUUCCCAUGUUCUUCAUUGAGGAAAUCUGGCCGCUGCUCCACCUUAAUCGUUUCGGAUCAAAGACUAGGCUUUUCUCAGAGUCCCUUUUGGGGACGGUAACCGAUUCAAUGACCAACACAAGCUGCCAAUCAUCGGAGCUAGAGGUUUGCCGUGACGAGUCAGCAGCGUUGAAGCUAAAGCUUAUAGCAAUAGCCUCCAUCCUUCUUGCUGGCGUCGCUGGCAUUGCUAUUCCGCUCAUUGGCAAGCACCGUAAGUUCCUCCGUACUGAUGGGAGCCUCUUUGUUGCCGCCAAGGCCUUCGCCGCCGGCGUAAUUCUUGCUACCGGCUUCGUCCACAUGCUCUCUGGUGGUACCGAUGCUCUCACGGAUCCUUGCUUACCAAAAUACCCUUGGUCAAAGUUCCCAUUUUCAGGGUUCUUUGCUAUGAUUGCUUCUUUGGUUACUUUGCUUGUGGAUUUUGUGGGGACUCAGUAUUAUGAGAGGAAACAAGGUUUAGCUAGGGGAAGUAUGGAAGAGCAGAGUAGCGUCGGGCCGGUGGAGCCGGAUUCGGAGUCUGCAAAUGUGCCAAUUGUGGAAGGGAAGGAUUGGAAUGGGGGGAAGGUUUUUGGGGAAGAGGAAGGUGGGGGCAUGCACAUUGUUGGGAUGCAUGCUCAUGCAGCACAUCAUAGGCAUAGUCAUCCACAUGGACAGGAUGGUUGUGAUGGACUAGUGAGGAGUCGUGGACAUGAACAUGACCGUGGACAUGGGCAUAGUCAUGGACACGGACAUGGACAUGGGCAUAGUCAUGGACACGGACAUGGACAUGAGCAUGGCUUAGGAGGUGGGGAUGAUGAUAGUGGAGUGAGGCACGUCGUAGUUUCCCAGAUUUUGGAGCUUGGAAUUGUAUCACACUCAGUAAUCAUUGGCCUAUCACUGGGUGUUUCCCAGAGUCCAUGCACGAUAAGACCUCUAAUUGCAGCAUUAUCAUUUCAUCAGUUCUUUGAAGGAUUCGCACUUGGAGGCUGCAUCUCCCAAGCUCAAUUCAAAACUCUAUCAACCACAAUAAUGGCAUGUUUUUUUGUCAUAACAACCCCAGCUGGAAUUGGCAUUGGGACUGCCAUUGCUUCAUUCUACAACCCUUACAGCCCAGCAGCUCUGGUUGUUGAAGGCAUCUUAGACUCUUUGUCAGCUGGAAUUCUAGUUUAUAUGGCUUUAGUAGAUCUAAUUGCUGCAGAUUUUCUUAGUAAGAGGAUGAGCUGCAAUUUUAGACUUCAAAUAGCAUCUUACUUUAUGCUCUUCCUAGGAGCUGGUUUGAUGGCUUCCCUUGCCAUCUGGGCCUAAAUCUUAGUAUUAGAGGAGACUGUUUUUAGUUCUUUUUUCUUUUUUUUGGGAAAUUUUUUGGGAAGAAGGCUGCGGAAAUCAUAAAAAUUCUUUUUUUUGUGAAUUUCUUCAACAAUGGCAAUGAAGGCCGCAGAAAAAGAAAAAAAAUUGUUGUAACCGUAGAUUUAUAAUAUACUGUCAGGUUCCACACCAUUUUCACCUGUUGUAAAAGGCAAUACCCCAAAGUGAAGGGAAUUGAUAGUUCAAUCUUCUUAACAA